AUACGAGCCCAAAAAUCCAUUUGUUAACCUAGCUCUACUAUAAUUAAAAAAAAAAAAAAGAAACCUAGCUUUACUCUCAUCAAAAUGGCAUCGGAGGAAGACAAGGCGCUGCCUCUCGUGAAUACUGAUGACGAGCCGGACUCCCACAUGAUUAAUAAGAUGGCAACGGUGGAGUCUGAGAUUUCUGAGAAAGAGAAAGAGGAGAUACGCCUACUUUAUGAGAGAGCAGAAAGAAGAAGGGGGCCCGCCAUCAGCUACUUUCCCCGUCGUUCCAACAACCCUCCAAAUAAGUCUCCUGGUCGAGAAGCAGACCUUGCAUUAAAUGUGCAGAAACUACGAUCAGAACUGAUUCACCUCGGCCUAUUUGAUGAGGAAGCCCCAAGAAGAACAUUCCAAAGGAGAAGCCUCCUACAUAAGGACCAACAGCAAUAGUGUGAAUUCAUUCCUGAAAUAGCUUUCCAUUUGUUUCAUACCAUAGAGUCCUAGAUCAAUUACAUUCAAACUAUUUUCUCUAGCUAGUUUAUUAUUUUUAGUUAUGGAUUAUCAUCAUAUAACAAUACAUGCUUAUUAUA